AUGUCUUGGAAUCGAUCGAUCUCCACCUUUCAUCUUUUACUCGUUUUCCUGCUCGCCGGAGACCUCGCGUCACGUAUCUUCGUAGAUGCUAAUGCUAUAGAUUGCACUUACGGUUUCUCUCCACCAGACAAGACUUUCGACGGCCUCCCCAAGGACAAGUAUUUAUGUUGGAAAUUCAAAGGCAAGGGUCCAGACUACUCCACCUAUAAAUGCGACCAGUGUGGCAGGGCCGAUAAACAUAUCCCCUCUGCUAGAAACUGCGUAGACUACGACGGAAAAGUAAUGAACGGGGGAGGAGCAUGGGCUUGCGAAUCCGGCAUCGACUUCGAUACAGGCUCUCGCCCAGAUGGCAGAAACAUCAUGUGCAACCACAUUGACAACGAUGGAAUAUUGAAUGGGUACGCUUGCAAGCAACGCAAUGUGUUCCAACAAUGUCCUGAGGCUCACUGUUAUCUUGUUGAUAAUUAA